AUGCCAAACCCGCUGCAGAAAUCGUUGCAUGAUUACAUGUCAAAGAUAAAAAAAGAGACAGGGAAGCUGCAAGUGUCGUCGUCGAAAUCAUUCUCAUCAUCCAAGAAGUGGGUGCUUGCUGGCUGUAAGCCUCCCAAGAAGCUUUCCUUCUCCAUCAAACACAGACGACGCUCCAGCAAGACCAGAUUCAACGACCACCACGUUGUUUACCAGGAUUCCGGUCCCGGUCACGCCGCCACCUUGUCGGACAUAGAACGUUUCCUUGAGGAAAACUUCAAAUCCCUCUGCAUCAGUGAUGAUGAUGACAAAAAGAAGGAGAAAAGGGAACAGUCCUCCUCAGAUGACGAAGAAGAAGAAGAAGACUACCGCCACAGAUUCGAGAGGACAUGGGGGGGACUUGACUCCCCAAAACUCCCAGAUGCUCUGCCGCGCAGAACAGAGAGACUAUCACCACCGCCUGGAUCGUCGGAGGAGGGACAGUCGUCGAGGUCCAACUCAUCCACCUUGGUGCUCCCUGAGAACUGCAUCGCGGUGCUGAGAUACACUGCAGAGCCUCAGGAGGAUUUCAGGAGGUCGAUGGUGGAGAUGAUGUCGUCCAAGUUAGGAGGGACACCGGAAGAAAGCGAGGUGGACUGGGACUUGAUGGAAGAGCUUCUCUUCUCCUAUCUCGAUCUCAACAACAAGAAAUCACACAGGUUCAUACUCAGCGCAUUCGCGGAUCUCAUCAUCUCUCUCCGUGACAAAGAGAAGAGGAUCACCAGGCAUGGCCUCGUCAGGUCGCUCAGUACUCGCGCCGCCAGAGAGAGGCUUAGGAAGAGGAUGGCCUCCAGAGACGCCUUCCGCAACUAA